UUUUGAGUUUUUAUCAGUUCCUUGCAAAACACGUGCAUUCGUAGAUAAUUGAUAAUUCUGUCGGCUUCAUUCAAAAUUUAAUUCAAAUCAAGCUAUUCAAAACAAAAUUUUGAGUUUUGAGUGACAAACGUCAGUCUUCCGUUAAUGAAAUAAUUUUAAAUAAAAUGACGAAUAGAAAAAAAAGUAUUCAGAAACUGGUCAAAGAGAACUUUUCCAAAAAAGAUAACUUCGAUGACGAUGUUCAUGAAGAAGAUAAUCUAGUGAAGCGUGCGGUUGAUGAUUUGCUCGACGAAAACGACGUCGAAGAAUUUCCAGCGAACGACGCAUUCAACAAUUUCAGCGUUUUCAAAAGUAAAUCAUUUCCAGCGGAUGGUGUUUUAUCAUCGAAAACCUACCGAGGGAAAAGUGUCUCUCGCAAAUCAUUCGAAGAAAAUUCUGAAAGUGAAGAUGAUGACGACGAAGAUGUUAGUGACGUUAGCGAAUCUUCGGAAAUCGAGACCGUGUCGAAAAAAACAAAGCGAGUUACUUUUGCUGAACCAUCGAGCGAAAAUGACGAAUCACUGAGUGCGGAUGACGGUGACAGUGAAGAAAUCGAUGGAGCAGAGGAUGAAGGAGACUCAGAGAUGAGUGAAGUUGAUGAAGAAGAUGGAGAAUCGGAUUCAGAAAAUGAUAGUGAUGAUGGCGCAGAAGAUGAAUCUGUGGAAGAUGAAAGUGAAGUUGAAGAUGAUAUUUCGGAUAAUGAAGCUAUAGAUGCGUCAUUUGUGUACUCAAAAGCCGUUCGUGAUGAAUCUAGUGAUAAAGAAAAAGGAGAAGCUGUGCGGGUACAACUCAAUUUAUGCGAAUCACUGCUCGAAAGUAGGAUAACGCUGCAGAAAGCGUUAUUCGCUGCAAAUCAAUUGCCUAAACCAUCAAAGUAUGAAGAAAUGUGGGCAGAAUUUUCGGAAGACGAGAAGAAUACCGUAAUUCAGUGCCGUGAAAGUGUUUGGGAUUUACUGGAAAAUUUCAUUCGUUUACAAUGCAAAUUCAGACAAAAAUGCCCAGAAUUUUUGGAAACAUUAAAUGAAUCGGCUAGAAAAGAAUUCGAAGAAGAAGUAGAAGACUCAGAGCCAAAAAUUAAAAGAAGAAAACUAACGGAGUAUCCGUUAGUUUUGGAUAAAUUACAUAAUCAAUAUAAACCAUACAGGAACGCAGUUAUUCAGAAAUGGAAUGAUAGAACGAAAAUAGCGAGUGGAAAAUUAGCAAAAACCAAUUUUUCUGCGUUCGAUGUUCCUAUUGUUAAACAAAUUGAGCAAAUUUUUGAGGAAAAACAUCGUUUAAUCGAAAAAACUUGCAUUAAACGUGCUGAUUAUAAAAUUAUUGGCAAUGAAGAAAUUUCUGACCAUAAUGAGAAUAGCAAAUCUUCGAGUGCUGACCAUGAUGAAGAAAUAUUUGAUGAUGACGACUUUUAUCAUAAAUUAUUGAGAGAUUAUAUCGAAAGAAAAACCGCUGAUGUCUCAGAUCCGACGCAGCUAGGAAGGAAAUGGAUUAAACUUCAAAGUCUUAGAAGUAAAAUGAAGCGAAAAAUAGAUACACGGUGUACUAAAGGACGUAAAAUAAAAUUUGAUCCUCAUCCGAAGUUAGUUAAUUUCAUGGCUCCUGUUACCAAUAAUCGAUGGACCGAUACAGCUAUAAAUGAAUUGUUUAAUUCUGUUUUUGGUAAUAAAUUAAUAAAUACGUGAUUUUUA